AUGGCGACAGCGUCGGCCUCUCCCAUGGCCAGCCAGCUGCUCAAGAGCAGCCUCCGCUCCAGAGGCCUCGCAACGCCCAGAGGCCUCUCCGGCGCCGCCCUCCCCUCCCGCCGCCGCUCCUGCUUCACCGUCCGUGCCAUCCAGGCCGAGAAGGUGAGCCCAGAUAGAUAGAUAGAUAGAUAGAUAUCUAGAGAGAGUGUGAGAGGGAUUUUGAGGGAGAGAGCUGAUCUCGAUGGUGGUGGUGGUGGGUGUUGUGUGUGUGGAUGCAGCCGACGUAUCAGGUGAUCCAGCCGAUCAACGGGGACCCGUUCAUCGGGAGCCUGGAGACGCCGGUGACGUCGAGCCCGCUGGUGGCGUGGUACCUCUCGAACCUGCCGGCGUACCGCACGGCAGUAAGCCCUCUGCUGCGGGGGAUCGAGGUGGGUCUCGCGCACGGGUACCUCCUGGUUGGGCCGUUCGUGAAGACGGGGCCGCUGAGGGACACGCCCAUCGCCGGCGCUGCCGGCUCGCUGGGCGCCGCCGGACUGGUGGUCAUCCUCAGCGUGUGCCUUACAAUGUACGGCAUCGCCUCGUUCAAGGAGGGAGAUGCCUCGACGGCACCGUCGCUGACGCUCACCGGCAGGAAGAAGGUCGCUGACAAGCUCCAGACGGCCGACGGGUGGGCGCAGUUCACCGGCGGGUUCUUCUUCGGGGGCAUCUCCGGCGUCACCUGGGCUUACUUCCUCCUCUACGUCCUCGACCUCCCCUACUACAUCAAGUAG